GGCAAAGAGGUCUCACUAUACAGUUCAUUCAAUUUAUCCCACAGAAUUUUAGCACUCUCUAAAAUUCCAACUUUUCUAAUCCUAGAGUCAGAUAAGUUCAAAUAAAUCACAGAACAUGCAUUUUCAUUCAUUUCAGCCCUUUUAUCUUCCGUGUCAGAAAUUAAAUAGGUUUCGCCAACUGCUUUAAAACAUUUUUGUUGUAUUAAAAUACAUUUAAUUUUUUGCUUCCAAAUGCUAAAAUCAGAUUUUCCAUUAAAUGGAGCCAUACCAUACUGAUUAUAAGCAGACAUUUUCACAUAGAAAAAUAAGCAACAAAAGAAAAUGUAAAUAUCGCUGAAAAACAAUUUAAAUAUUUAUAAGGCUACAAAUAUACGGAGCAACUAGCACGAACACGCGGGGAGUAUUAAUGAGCACCAAAAUCAAGUUCAAAUCCCUUGUUCUUCCGUAUAACCACAAAUAAAUAAUAAAUUUUCAGCACAACACAAUACAACAAUUCUAUCAAUUUUAAAAGCAGUAAUAUACCUAAAACAGAUUUCUACACAAUAAAAGAUUAAAUCAAAACAAAAGCGAUAAAAGAGAUAAAAGUCAAUAUACCGGAACGAAACCCUAGGAGAGGCUAUUUUGGUCUCUUCAGUUUAAGUUGGUCCUAUACGCGAGUUAAAAAGUCAUUGUUCCUAUUUACUUCCCCCUCCCAUGUUUUAGUCAUGUUUAUGUCUUUUUCCCUUCAUGUAAACUUCCUCUUGGAGAUUCCCAUGAAGAAAUGCAUUGUUGACAUCCAGUUGAUGGAUUGACCAUCCAUGGGAAAGGGCAAUCGUGAGAACAACCCGAAUAGUGACCGGUUUAAUAACCGGGCUAAAAGUGUAAGAAUAAUCAACUCCUGGGCACUGAUGAAAACCCUUAGCCACCAAUCGAGCUUUGAAACGAUCCAAGGAACCAUCCGGCUUGUAUUUCACCGUAUAUACCCAUUUGCAACCAACAACAUUCUUACCAGGGUGAGCAGGGACAAGUUCCCAAGUUCCUUGUUGAACCAAGGCUUCAAAUUCUACAGACAUAGCCCCUCGCCACUCGAGUACUUGUAAAGCCUUGGAAGCAUAAGUAGGAAUAAUAUGAGGUAAAGGUGAUAUAGAGACAAUAUGAGCUUGUUUGCACGGGCAAGGGUCAUUGGUUGAGUGCGUUUGGGUGGAGAGGGAGUUAGAUGAUGAUGUUGGUGCGGACUAUCAAUAAAAAAGACAGGGUCAGUCUAACCGAGAUACUGAAUUCAUCAACUUAAGAUACAAUAGAUGUAUAUAUCAAUUUAUAAUAAACUUAGCCUUUAAGAAAAACAAUUCAAGCCUAGCUACUCUCAACUUUUCAGUAUGAGGUUUUUAAUUCUCUAUUUUCACCGAACCUAUUUCUUUUCCAAUAUCUCCUACGUAUUUAAAGUGGCACUUGAACGCCGUUCCAGUUUUUCAGUAUGUUUUCCGUUAAAUAGCCUUCUGUCUCUUCUGUUUCUCACGCCGUCCAGGUAUUUUGUUUCCCGUUUUUAAAUAAAAAAAAACUUUCCAUUUUAUGUCCAUCCUCACCCUACUGUUCUCUUGUCAGCAGAACUGUUGGAGCUUUCCCCUUCCGUGGUUCUCAUUCCGUCCGACCCCUUGCGUGUUGUUCCAGACUGCCAGCGCACUCAUCAUAUCCAGAACAACCCCUACUUAUGGAUUACUCCGUAUUGUAUAUCGAAGGUCACAUUCAUUUCCUCUCUUUUUGGCUAUUCCGUUCUUGGUGGGUGACAUUAUUUUGCUUUGAAUGUUCUGAAAAUAGCCCUUAAUGUAUGCGGAACUGGGAUAUUUUGCUCUUCUUGGUGUGUUUUUCAUCCCGCAUUUAGCUUUUAGCUAUUGUGUGUUUUUGUCCUUUAUUUUUUUAGCUAUGUCUGUGAAUUUCCUUUGUUCAGGGUCUUCGGGGGGGGGGGGGGAUUCUAUCAUUUGGAUUUAGGGGGUGGAAAUGGGUUGUCGGUUUGUGUGUGGCUUAUUUUCUGUCAAAAAAUUAUAGAUUUAUUUUGUUUGAUGCUUUGGUUUUUUCAUGGCAGAGCAAAAUCGAUGUAUAGCUGCUGAAUAAUAUAUAGUUGACGUGCACUUUGUCGUAGUGUGCACUCAAAAUAAUAAUACAAUACAACACUUAUACGUAGUAUAGCGUAGUAAGGUUCGUAUCCACAGGGAAAGGAAUACUUUUCUUUUUAUAAAACUAGUAACAAAAUGGGGUUUUUUAGUUUGAUUUGGUUUAAUAAAUUAAACACGAAGAUGAACGAGUUAUGUGGUUUAAUUAAUGAGAAGAAGACUUGACUUUGCUUUUAUCCACUUAAUGAAAUGUUCGUCGAUCUCGGUUAUAUCUUUAACUAUCUUCCUCUCGAAUACUCAAUCGAGGAGUAUAUCCAAUUCAUCGAGGGUAGUUAUUAAUAACGAGACGCGUUCAUUAAUAAAACUUACUACCGAGUUAAUAUAGAACACGCGCCGUAUAUUCACUUGAUAGUAGCGAUAAAAUCAAGAUGAAAACGAUUGAGAUUGAUAACCUCAACACAAGCGGUUUAUUGGUUUAAUCAAUAUAACUAAUUCCCCUUGGUUUAUUAACCAUGAAACGCAUGCAUUAAUAAUCCAAGUUUACUACCGUGAAAGGACCGAAUUAAUAACAAGCGUAUUAAUCGACCAAUUCCAGUAAUAAUUAAUAUAUGAAACAAAACUAGUUGAUCCUUUAAGUAAUGUUCAAAAUAUUAAUAUGAAAUAUGAAUAGGAAUUAAUUAAUACUCAAGGAAGAAUAUUAAAGAAGAUGAAUCCUACUAUAGUUAAUAUCAAGAUGUUAACUAAUUGUCAUCUUAGUAACACUCCUCAAUAUUAACAUAGAGGAAGAAAUAGCUAUUACUAUUACUAAUGUCAAGAUGUUAACUAAUUGUCAUCUUAGUAACACUCUCCAACAUUGAUAUAGAAAGAGUAUUUAAAGGAAGAAUUAAUAUUCAAGAAAGAAGAUUAAAGAGAAUAACUCACAACUUACAAAUUCAUUAAGCUUCAAAGUAGCAAAACCAAGAUGGAAGAAUUUAGCUCCUCAUUUGGAGACUAAACAUGAUAGAAAAUAUAAAGAAAACACUAAUCUAAACUGAGCUAAAGAGUAUAUGUGAAUUGGUGAUUCUUUUGUGAAGGAAAUGGGGUGUAUUUAUAGGUGUUUGGAGCAUGCAGGGAUGUGUACCCAAUCGGGCUUUGAGGCCACUCGAUCGGGUACCUUCUAAGUUUCCUGGAAACCAGAAAAAUAGGGCAUACCCGAUCGGGUCUGUCGGUCACCCGAUCGGGUAUGACAUCCGAACGUGGUCAAAAUCUUCCCUGCAUGUUGAAUUGUCUUCGGGCGUGAUCCGAUUUGAUUUUUCAGCAAGGUACCCGAUCGGGUAUAGGUCAUACCUGACCGGGUACAACACAAAAAUCAGGAUCUUCAUUUUGUCUUGAGAUUUUUGCACCUUCCUUCCACUUUCCUUGAUCUUUUAAGGUCCAAUCUUGAUCUCUUGGAUGAUCUUUGACCUGUUUAGCUCAGAAUAAUCCUAAUCUAAACAAAUUACAAAUAAAAAUGAAAAUAAAAUAUUACACCAAAAGUGUGUAAUUUCCACAACUAGAAUUAAUAAAAACUAGUUAAAAAUACAAACAUACAAUAGGAAAUUACACGAAUAUCAAUAGUCCACGAAUGUUUUCCUUUAGUUGCUGUUCGUUUGAGCUAGGGUUUAAGGAUAAAUUGUGCAGCUGCUAUUUUGUUAUCAUGUCUGCUGAAUGCAUGAAUGUUUUCCUUGAGUUGCUUUACGUUUGAGCUAGGGUUUCAGAAUAAAUUGUGCAGCUGCUAUUUUGUUAUCAUGUUUGCUUGAAUAAAAUGCACAUUUAGAACAAAAUAGUGUGAUAAAGGUAAACAAUCCAUGGAUGGACUCUAAUCCAAUUUUAUUUGCAUAUGGGUGCAUUCAUAUUAUGAUUCCAUAAAAAUGGCCUAGACUUUGUGUAUUUGACAGUCUGUAUGGGCACUUACCCAAGAAAUAGAUUAAUUUUAAUCCAUAAAUCCAAACUGGAUUUAAAGAUAAGUGUUGGAUUUCAGUGAGAAUUUGUCUAUUGUUAUUGUAGUUCAUUGGCAGGUGGAUUUAUAACUACUAUAAACACUGAAGAGUGCAAUAAUAAUCUAUUGAAUUGAGGCUCCUUAAGCAAUCCAUGCACUUUUAAGUGGCUAGCGGAGGUUCCCUCGUAUAAAUGGGCUUAAUAGUAAAUGAAAAAAAACAUUUCUAGGUUGUCUUUUGAAAGAAAAACUGUUAUACAGAGUAUUUAAUUGGAAUUGCUUGACAGUGUACUUAUUUGGAUUUCUAUCAUUCAGGGUCUUUUGAAAGAUACUACUCCGUAUGAUAUAGCUGCUUUCUUUGGUUCCUUUUUGAAGAAAAUGUGUUAUGGCGAUGGAUGAUGGUGUAGCUUUAGGGCCAUUAAUAAGUAGCAACAGUUUUAAUGGGGAGUCUUGUACUUGAGUGUCUGAUCUAUUUUGCCUUAGGUGCCUGCUUGCUUAGUUUUGGGAUUUAUUGAUUAUGAUCCAUUUGCUUAUGUGAGAAAAACUUUAUUUAUUUACUGCAAUCAAUAAUAUGAAAUAGUUUUUUAUGCAUGAAUAGGUAAAUAAAAAAAUCAUGAUAAAGUGAAUAUGAACUGUGUGAAAGCCUAGAAUUUAAUUUUAUACUACAUAAAUAUAUUCCAGUUACAAAACAAAAUGGGUUUUUCCAAAAAAAAUGCCACUUUAAAAACGUUUGUUAUGAAUGAAGUUCUUGGAUACAGUUUGGGAUACUGAUCAUGUUAUAUAGAUUACAAAUUUAUAUUGUUUGGAUUAUGAGGUGUUAGCACAAAAAUGAUUAUGUUGUUUGAGCUUCUCUAUUGAAAUGAUGAUUCAGUUUUACGUUAGGUGCCUGCGUGCUCAGUUUAGUGAUUUGUUUCUUACAAUCCAUUCGUUUAUGUGGUCAGAACUUUUUUAUUUGCUGCAAUAAAUAAUGAUAAAAGUUUAUUAUGAAUGUAAAUAGGUAAAUGUAAAAUAGUUUCAUUAAUACAGUGAAUGGAAACUGUGUAAACGUCUAGAAAUAAAUUUAUACUACAUAAAUCUAUUCGAGUUACACAAAAUAGUACUUUUGACUUUCCACCGUCAAAAGUGCUGACAUUAUGGGAGGACUUUGCUCGCGCCCAAGGACCUGAAAUAGAGGCCCAACUUCAGCAGGGUUGUUACCCACUUGUUCUCAUUAAUAGGGUUGCGAUCACCUUGUAUCAAGGUACUUACUGGUGGUAUAAUACAUCUUCCUAUCUUGGCGGUUUUUAUUGAACUGAUUAGUUUUGCCUUACUUCCAGGUUUGUCAUUGUCAACAAGGUUUGGAACACACAUAGAAGUGAAUCCAACCGGACCUAGGGCUGGAUUACUUAAAGCAUGGCUGCAUGAAAAUCCUAGGGAGGUUGAUAUGAUAUUGGAAGGAAAGACAUACAACAAUCUGAAUGCAUUUGCAAAUCCCCUUGUCAAAGAUAAAAACCCCAUUUCUUCAUUACAUGGCAUCUUAAACCAGAGCCAUGUUGCAUGGGUAACAUGCACAAUUAGCCUUGCAAAUCCUACAGAAGCAAGUUAUUACAUAGGUUGUGACUAUUGUAAUCGAAAAGUGAACUGCGCCAAAGGGAUGAAGUUUCAAUGCAUGUAUUGUGGCCAAAACAUGGAACAACUGUUAAGAGGUUCAGAGUAGCAGCAACGGUUACUGAUGACACAGGGUUUGUGGACGUGACCUUGUUCACAAAUGAUGUUCUGGAAAUCAUGAAACAUACCAGCCUCCAACCUUCGGGUGAACUUGAAUUGGCUGCCCUCGAUAAAGAAAUUGCCAACUUGUCAUUUAUCUUGGGACUACGCCGCAUUAAACAGGAUGAUGAGUGUUUGCAACGCAAUGCUUAUGGAAUUGUUGGCCUCUGUAAGGUCCCCACACCAUUGGUAGAUUCCCCAGAUGACCUUGAGGAUAAAACCGACGAGUCUCAGCAGCAGACAAAAAGAAAGUUGGAUUCUCUUCAGACCGCUGCAAGUGUGCCCUCCAGGGAAACUGGAUCCCCCAGCACCCAUGCCGAACUUCCCGUGCCUCAACUGAAAUCCAAAAUACAGAAACACGCAGCAACUUCCCCUAAGCUGGCUCAGGUUACUAAUAAUAAUAAAAACCUGCCACUUUCCCCAUAAUUCACGUUAUUGCUCUUUGUUGUGGAUUUGUUGUUUCAGCUCAUUAACUUAUGGCCUUUUGCGCCCUGUAUAUAUUCUCUUUUGCUGCAAGAUGAAACUUAUGCCUAUAAUUGAUUAGAAAGUAGAUCACGAUUCGUCCCUCUACUUCUUGAUACAAUUAUAGAUGUUUUUGCACUAACUAUGUUGCCCCUUUUGUGCAAUUGGUUGGAUAUGCUUGCCCAACUUGUUGUAAUAUGUAAUAUACUUAUGAUUGGUAAAAUCCAAACCACUCUUUUGUCUA